AUGGAACGCUUUGGCAAAGUGACCCUUGCAAUCCAUAAUUUGGAACCAGCAGUGGCUAUGCACCACCUCAUAACGGCCCUAAAGCCAGGACCUUUUGUUAAUAGCAUCUGUAAAAAAUCACCUGUCGACCUAGACGAGUUAAGAAGUCAGGCUGCAAAGUAUAUGCAAAUGGAAGAGUUAUCUGAAUACCGAAACCAGGUGCGGAUGGACCAGGGGUCCAAUUCAAAAAAUACAGAUAGGAGAGAAAUUUUCAAGUCUAGGCAAGAAAAUAAGAAGAGAAGAAAUGAACCUGAAAGGCUGCCCAGGGGACCCAAAUAUCCUUCCUACACUACGCUCAACACUAAUCGGUCUAGAGUACUAGAUCAAGCAUUGGCUACAGAAAUACUGAGAAUGUCUAGACGCACCAACACCCCUCCUCGGGCAGAUAAAAGCAAAGCUUGCCGAUACCAUCAGAACAGGGGUCAUACCAUUGAAGAGUGCACCGCGCUGAAAGAUAAAAUUGAGGAAUUAAUAAAGGAAGGACAUUUAAAAGAUUUUGUGCAGACAAAUCUCGUCGGUCAAUCCAAUAAAGGAAGAGACCGUUACCCUAAGCUAUCAAGGAGAUACGAUGACAAGAGACUUGAACGACAGAGGAGUAAGUCCAGGGAACCUCCAACUGGACGGUACCAUGAGCGUGAGAAGUACCCUAAAAGGGUCAUUAAUACCAUAGCUGAAGGGUUUGCCGGUGGCGAAACUACCCAUUCGGCCAGAAAAAGACAUUUGAGGCAAGUCAGAUCAGUCAACAAUAUCACACUUGGUAGCAGGAUUUGGAUUCCCCCUAUUACAUUUACUGAUGAAGACUUUCAAGGAGUGGAUCCUAUACAAGACGACCCUAUGGUUAUAAGUGUAGCCAUUCUCAACUGCACUGUCCGGAAAACACUCAGAGAUCAGGGGAGUUCAGCCGACAUCCUUUACUGA